CAGUUCGCGCCCUGCGCCCGCCCGCGCACGCGGCUAUCUAAACCGCGAUAAACCAUCGGAACAAUAACAUAAACACAUUACUUAAAACGUUUCAUGCCAGCCAGCCACUCAAAGUUGCACUGACCUCGAAGCAGGCACAUCCUGUGCGCGAUUCACAAUUUAAAUUUAUAAAAAAAAACAAAAGGCGCGCGCGCGGCCAUCCAAUCCGGUUCUGUGAAAAAUAAACAAAAGUUUUAAAAUUAGUUUUAAGUUAUUUUAAGGACUUUGCAACCUCAAUGUUAUUGUGCGUGCGUGACAAAAAAGAGACAUUUUGUGUGAAGUAGGUAGAAAGUAGACCUUUGCGAGUUGUUGUGAAACUUUCUCAUUUGAAUAGAGCUGCUUUUAUAUUACUGGUGUGUAAGAGAGUGAUUUUUAGGCGACAAUGGCGGUGCGAUGGGCCGCGCUAGUGCUCGCGCUGGCAGCAGGCGUGGUGAACAGUAUGGACACCAGCUUCAACACCACACAGGACAAUCUUAACUUUGAGCCACAAUGGACCUACAAAUGCGUGCCGGACGAAGGUUGCCAGCGCAUGGAGCCCUCGGGCCAGACCUCGCGGCAGCUGAACGCAAGCUUGUUCCAGAACGUGGACGUGUGCCACGCGGUGUGCGGCCGCUUCGGCAGCCUGUGGCCCCGCCCCGGGACUGCGGCGCUGAGUACGCAGCUGCUCAAGAUACAUCCUAAUUAUUUGAGAUACGACAUCCAAGAGGUGCCAGCAGAAGCGCGUCACAUCAUCGCGUCGAUGACGCACGUGACGUCACAGAACCUGCUGGCCGAAUGUGACGGCAACGUGACGGAGCUGGCUGAGCGGCCGCUGGUGGUCUACAUACACGUGAAGAGUGCAGAUCUUACGUUGGAUGAGCAGACCAAUGAGCAGUACAUGCUGGAUGUCGUCAGCCGCUCAGCCAACAACAUAUCAGUCUACAUCGUCGCUGACACAGUCUACGGAGCGCGACACGCUUUAGAGUCCUUCACCCAACUCAUUGCCCCGACCCGAGCAGAAUUCUCCGGCGAAAAGCAAUGCGGACUGUUCAUGGUGGCUGGAGCCAAGAUUCGCGAUAAGCCAGUCUUCAAGCAUCGGGGCCUGCUUCUAGAUACGUCUAGAAACUUCCUCCCGAUGGCUGAUAUCAAGAGGACGGUGGACGGCAUGGCGGCCACUAAGAUGAACGUGCUACAUUGGCAUGUAACGGACUCGCACAGUUUUCCUUUGGAGUCUACUAGAGUACCACAGUUUACGAGAUUCGGCGCUUACUCGCCCGCAGAGAUCUACACGGUGGAGGAAGUACAGGACCUCAUCCAGUACGCGCGCGUGCGCGGGGUGCGCGUCAUGAUCGAGAUUGAUGCGCCCGCGCACGCCGGCAACGGCUGGCAGUGGGGGAAGGAAUACGGCUACGGCGACCUAGCCGUGUGCGUGAACUCGAAGGAAUGGCGCAAGCACUGCAUCCAGCCGCCCUGUGGUCAGCUGAACCCGGCCAACCCGGAGAUGUACAACGCGUUAAGGCACUUGUACCGAGACAUAGCCGAGCUGAUGACUAAGCCGGCGCUGUUCCAUAUGGGAGGAGAUGAGGUAUUCUUCUCCUGCUGGAACUCAAGCCAAGAGAUAGUCUCUUACAUGAAAGACAAAGGCUACUCGACAGACCGGGAGGGGUUCAUCAAACUAUGGGCAGAGUUCCACAGCAAAGCCCUUCAGAUCUGGGACGAGGAGUACGCGGCGGCUGGCGGGAAGGCGCCCCAGCCCGUGAUGCUGUGGAGCUCGGAGUUGACCAAGCCAGAGAGGAUUGAUAAAUACUUGGAUAAGACAAGAUACAUAAUAGAGGUAUGGGAGCCUCUAGACAGUCCAGUCCUGAAGCAGCUCAUUCGCCUCGGCUACCGAACAAUCUCCGUGCCUAAAGACAUCUGGUACUUAGACCACGGCCUGUGGGGCAUCACCAAGUAUUCCAACUGGAGGAGAAUGUAUUCUCACACUCUGCCCGCUGACCCGAAGGCCUUGGGCGGUGAGGUGGCUAUGUGGAGCGAGUAUAUUGAUGCUAAUGGUUUGGACGCCCGCGUAUGGCCCCGCGCGGCGGCAGUAGGCGAACGCCUCUGGGCGGACCCGACGUCGCCGGCCAGCGCGGCCGAGCCCCGCCUGCAGCGGCUGCGGCGGCGGCUCAUGGCGCGAGGACUGCGACCCGAUGUACUGGCGCCCGGAUGGUGCGCUGACCAUGAGACCAAGUGCCUUUGAUGUGAGAAGGAGGUGUAGAUAGCUAUACAUUGCCAUUGUCAAAAGCAAAAGCCCAUAACUUUGAGACUACUUUUAUUGAACUUUUUGGUUGAAUGCUGCCCUUUGGCAGGGGUUUUAUUGUAUUGGUAGUUUAGACAGUGGUAGAACGAGAAAGUGGAGAGGAGAUUAACGUGCCGCACUUAGAGGCCUCCGAUAAUAACAUCGUCGGUCUAUAUAGAUGAUAACGCCUCUGGGCGGACAGAAGAUCACAAUACGAACACACGUAUUAGAUACAAGGAAAUUGCAAAAGAUGUUAUUCUACAGUUAUUUACUGCAUUUUCUCUAGGAGAUAUUUACUGCAUUUUUGUCAAGUCAGUUAGGUAGGCAUUAAGAUUUGGUAUAAUGUGUGGUACGCCUACUACGAGUAGGUAGUAUACAUUAUACAGGCAGUAGGUAGGACUUCCAUGAGAAUUGUUUUUCGAUUCCUAGCAAUCCUAUUGGAUAAUUUCUGUUAUUAAGGAAUCAGGUUAUACCUGAAAUGUAAUAUUUUCUAUAAGUACAAUAUUGUAUGUUUACCUACACUACUUUAUAUUCGAUGUUACUUUGGCCUAGUAUAAAUAAAUAGCUUUGUUAAUUGCUGUUGCUGUCUUAAGAAUCCUGUACAGAAUGAUUAUUAUCUACUUACUAACACAUUAUUGAUAAAUUAGAUAAGUAAUUAAAUUCCUACUACUUAAGAGAUGACUGAUUUUGUAAAGACUGACUUAUUCAGACAGUGUUGAAAGGCAAAUGCUUAUGAAAAAUUUAAACCUAAUCAUAAUAAAUAUAAUGCAAUGAUGGUUUUGUCAGAUAGAUACAAAAAAUACAUAUAAGUAGCUACCAACAAUGAUUAUGUAGCGAUGAUUUAGGUAUGUGUUGUUGAAAAAUGUUAAAACAAAAAAUCGGUUAUUUUAUCGAUUGGGAUGUCCCAAAUCCUUCUAUCAGCCACAAUCGUUACCUUAAUCUAAUGAUAAGAAGAAAACAUGUUGAAAUACUUAGUCAGUAAUAUACGGAUAUUUAUUUUUAUAAGAACAAUAAAUAAGUAAUUUGACAAAA